AUGAACAGGCAACCACGAUGGAUGUUCAGAACCGCUUUCAGAUUAUCACCGAAGGAAGAGCUGCAGAGCAAUGUUUCUGUGGAAAAUGACAAAGCUGCUAUUAGUUUCAAGGGUACGGAGUUGACACUUGGCCUUCCUGGAUCAGGAUCUCCUGUUAAAGACACGGAUCUCCACUUACUGUACUCUAAAAAGCUCGAUGAAAAAACCUUCUUUCCUUUGGUUCCUUUGAAAUAUGAGAUUUCCUCCUCCUCGUCGGUGAAGAAAACAUUGCCUCGGGGAACAAAAGAGGCUUCUCAAAGCUCAUGCUAUGAGGCUUCUCAAGCAGAUGAAAAUGUCAAUGCGGAUCUAAUAACGGAGCUACAUGGAAGGAUAAGCUCUGUGAGACCAAACUCAAGGAUCUUCUGA